GGUAAUGAACACAGCUGCGUACGCAUAAGCUUCUGUUCACUUUCGGUACCGUCCCGCUUAUAGAAAUUCCGAAUUUGAGAAUAAUUACACCCAGACUACAGCACUUUAAGAUGGCAAAGUACAAGAUUGUUAUGGUCCGUCACGGAGAGUCCGAAUGGAACCAAAAGAAUUUGUUUUGUGGAUGGUUCGACGCCAAUUUGAGCGACAAAGGUCGCGAAGAAGCGAUAAGUGCGGGAAAAGCGCUUAAGGAUGCAAACUACAAAUUUGAUUUGGCCUACACAUCGGUUUUGACUCGCGCUCAAAAGACCUUGCAGUCUAUUCUGGAGCAAAUCGGCCAAACCGACCUUCCCACAACUAAAACUUGGCGUUUAAACGAAAGACAUUACGGCGGGCUCACUGGACUUAACAAAUCGGAAACGGCCGCAAAGUACGGCGAAGAACAAGUUACCGUGUGGCGUCGCAGCUAUGAUAUUCCUCCACCACCCAUGACACCCGAUCACCCAUACUAUUCUCAAAUCAUCGAUGAUCCACGUUACAAGGAUGGACCAACUGAAGACGAGUUCCCAUUUUUCGAAUCUUUGAAGCUAACAAUCCAAAGAACACUUCCAUUUUGGAACGACGUUAUUGUCCCACAAAUAAAGGCGGGCAAAAGCAUUUUGAUUGCGGCACACGGUAACAGUCUUCGUGGCAUCGUGAAACAUUUAGACGAACUUAGCGAGGAUCAAAUAAUGGCGUUGAAUUUACCUACUGGAAUUCCGUUUGUUUACACUUUGGAUGAGAAUCUGAAACCCGUACCGAAUGGCAGCUUGCAAUUUUUAGGAGAUCCCGAGACUGUUAAGAAAGCGAUGGAAGCUGUUGCAGCUCAAGGCAAAGCGAAAUAAUUAUUGCGUGUUAGUUCAUGUUGAAAGCUUGUUCACAGUAUUCCAUGUUGGAUAACUAGUUAUUUAUUAUGUUCACGUUACAACAGGCAAAUGCUGUAUAUCUGUGCUGUAUAUUGUGGUUCUGUAUAAAAAUAAAUGUUAAAUUAUAUUGUGCAA